UCCCUCAACUGUAAUUGCCGAACAAAAACUCCUCGCCCUUGCGACUUCCAAUUCAACACGACUUUUUGGAGGUAUUCCUCUUUAUUCUCUGUGUCUCUUUGUUGACUACAACUAUAUACCUCUCAUCCUUCCACUUACUUGCUUUCUUCUCUUCUAAUCUUACCUCUCCUUGUCUCUUUUACUUCCUCUUAUCACAUUUCUUCUUCUUCUCUCUUUUUUUCUUGAUUUUUUUGAUUUGUUAUUUACAUCCAUCUGUAUGAUUUCUGUUUUUCUUUUUAAUUGUCAUUUGGGUUCUCUCAGAUCUCAAUUUUAGCAUCUGGGUUGUCAACAUUUUCCCCAAAUUAUUGUGGGUAUCUUCCAUUCAGCAGAAGAAUUCCGGUUCUUUGCUAAUUGGGUAUUCCGGAUCUUGGAUUUUCUUUUUUUCUCCCCCAAUUAAUCUCUUCCAAUGUCACAAGGUUUUGCAAUUGAGCUUUAUUUCGAUCCCGCUUUGGAGAACCAAGUUUUGAAAGCAUGGAACGUGUUGGCUCGUCGCCAAAUCAGUACCCAACUCAUUGAAAUCGAGUCACGUCCGCAUAUAACUCUUUUUUCCAGCCCCAGUGUAGAGCCCACUAGACUUGAAUCCAUUAUAAAGAGCUUUGCAUCAAAGCAAGAACCUUUGCUUUUGUCUCUAUCAACAAUUGGGAGUUUUUGUAAUGACAACAAUGUCUUGUUUCUUGCACCAACGCCUUCAGUUUCGCUACUUCAGUUUCAGUCUCAGUUAUGCGAAGCAAUCAAGAAAGAAGGGAUUGAUUUAGGAGAUGAGUAUCGUGCUGAGAAUUGGAUUCCUUAUUGUUCUGUUGCUCAAGAUGUUCCAAAGAUGAGAAUGGCGGAGGCCUUUUGUGUUUUGAGAGAGUUGAAGUUGCCUGUUUCUGGAUAUGCAAUGGAUAUUGGAUUGGUGCAGUAUUCCCCUGUUCGUGAAUUGUUCUCAUUUGGACUUGGUAACAUUGUAGAAGCAUAAUUUGUUCUUUUAAUUGGACUCAUAUAAUAUGUUGAAUUUGAUGAUUUUAGUUUUAUAAGUCGAUUGUACUUCAUCUUUGGUUUUAGUUUAUAUGAAUGAUGGAAACUGGAGCCAAGUAGGAGAGUUUCAUUUAAUGGUUUCUGAAAGCAGUAGCAAAUUGACUUGUUCAUUUUAUAUUGUGUUUAGAAUGUAUUUUCUUUUUAUGUUUAUGUUGAGAAUGUGUUUAGAAAUUA